GUGAAACACAAUGAGCUGGAAUUAGGGUUGGGAAUUUUUGUUAUUUCAUUGUUCCUGUUCUGAGUUGCACUCACUCACUUCGCUUUCUGCGAUUAGCUGCGAUUUUUGUGUAAAUCAGUAUUAAUCGAUUUUAUCGUCGACCAGCAAAAUGUCGGCAUCACUGACUCCAGAGCAGCUGAAAGAAUUCAGAGAAGCCUUCAAGAUCUUCGAUGUUGAUAAUAGCGAGACGAUCACGACAGAUGAACUGCUUCUCGUCAUGAAGAACCUCGGGAUGAUGGCCACUAAGGAAGAGGUGAAGGAAAUGCUGUCGGAAGUCGAUGAAGAUGGUAGUGGCGAAAUCGAUUUCGAAGAGUUCGCAGAACUUAUGGUAAAACAGAUGAAGCAAGGCAGUGAACAGGAGGUGAGGGACGCUUUUAAAGCCUACGACACUGAAAACAAGGGGUACUUCACAAGCGACGAGCUGCUCAAAUUGCUCAUGGCCGUGCAAAAACAAAGCAAAGACAUCAAGAUCUCUAAAGAAGAAAUAGAGGAGGUGGUUAAGUUCAUGGAGCGAAAUGGACGGGUCAACUUCGAUAAGUUUGUCAACGAGAUGAUGAAGUAAACUUUAACACUUCAUGGACUGGAAAGUUUUUCAAAGAAGAAAAGCGAUCACUACUACACAGAGUUCUAUUUGUAUGAAAUGUUUAUUUUAAUGGCUCCGCGUGUUACAUGUCUGUGGGGUAUUUUGUAGAUUUUUUUUUCUUGUGGAUGAAUAAAUUUCCAUCACUUAUUUCAA